AUGUCAGUGGUGGGCAACGGCGAACGGUGCAUCCCCGGCGACGAGACGCUGUGCGGCGACGGCGGGCCGGCCAAGAAGGCGCGUCUCGCCCACCCGAAAGGCGUCGCGGUGGCCGUCGACGGCACCAUCUACAUCGCCGACGGCACGAACCUGCGCGCCGUCGACGCCUCGGGUACCAUCCGGACGCUGGUCGGCGACCACGGCCAUCGCAACCGGUGGACGCCGAUACCCUGUCAUGGCGCUGUGGCCGCCUCACAGGGUCCUACUCCUAGUCCUAGUCUUAAUUCUAGUCCUACUCCUAGUUCUUGCCGUAGGCAUAGGCUUCAUCCCACUAUUAGUACUAUAGUACUACUGUUCACCCUAGUCCCUGGUCAUUGUAUGUCUGGACCAUAG